AUGCCAUCCUCCAAACGCACCAAGACGGUUGCGCCAUACGGGUUUUGGGAGUCUCCCAUCUCGACGGACCUCCUCCUCCAAAAAGCUACGGGUCUAUCCGAAGUGUUGGUGCCUGCCAAUUCCGAGACUGGUCAAGAGGUCGCUUGGGUUGAGCUUCGGAUGAGUGAAUCUGGUAGAUAUGCUCUGAUGCACUCUUCUGACCUUUCUUCCGAGAAAGCUACCGACAUCACCUCUGGAAAGUACAGCUCGCGAUCGGGUGUGCAUGAGUACGGCGGCGGUGCCGCUGCCAGUCUGGCGGACGGUAGCUUCAUCUUCUCCGACUACAAUCCUAAGUCAUUCGAUGUGCUCAGAGCGAAACGGGACGAAGAGCCGCAAGUUGUGUCUCCGGAGAAUGCAGCUAUACGGUAUGCUGAUUUCGGACCCCAUCCAGCCGAAGCAGAUCUGUGCCUGGCGGUGCAGGAGGACCACACGGAUGAUACACCUUCGACCGUCGUCAACUCGAUCGUCUUGCUCGAUCUCAGCUCAAAAUCGGCCAAGGUUCACACGCUGCUGCAGGGCAGGAAGGCGGACGAGGAGACCGAUGCGAAUGGACCGCAGAAGAGGGACUUCUACACUUUUGCCCGCUUUUCUCCGAACGGAAAAUACGUAUGCUGGGUGAGCUGGAACCACCCCAGCAUGCCUUGGUGGGACACACAGCUGUGGGUUGCCAAGCUUGAUCGUUCUGAUCCCGAAGCGCCAAAGCUCGUCUCACCUACCCAGAUCAAAGUGCCUGGUUCAGAGGCUCGAAAGCAGCAAGUGCUCCAACAGCCUGUAUGGGCCAUUCCAGCCAACUCGAAGGAUGAUGCAGCAAAGCUGUUUUUCGCCUGUGACGCAACGGGAUAUCUCAACCUGUACUUCGCCACAGUUGCUUGCGAGUCGAACGACCAUGGCAUAUCGGUGAGCUCUCCAGAGCUGAUCCUACCAGAGCCUGUCAAGCACGAUUUCGUGGGUCCUGCGUGGACGUGCAACAACUCGGACUACAUCGCGCUAUCCCCCGAUCUGCUCAUCGUUUCUUACUCGGAGGGAGCUAAAGAAAAUCUGGGACUGAUAAACCUUCGCAGACCACGUCUGAUUCCACUCAAGAGCCCUUUUGUCUCUGUCUCGCAACUUCGUCGUCUCACCUCGACCUCUUUUGCACUGCUCGCCACGCGUCCUGACGAGCCAAACUCGCUCGUCCGCAUCGACCUGCGCGGCCUCGCUGCGAACAACUACGUUGUACAACCGUCCAACAUUACCGUGAUCAAACGGUCUUCUACGCUCAUCUCAGAUGGCGUGAUCGAGCGAGCGUAUCUCAGUGAAGCUCGUGAGAUCGAUUUCCCCACCACGCUUGCCAAUGGCAAGCCGUCGGUUGCGCAUGCUAUCAUCUUUGAGCCCAAGAACAAAGAAUUCACGGGUCCAAAGGGGAAAGCGCCACCGUGCGUAUUUAUGAUUCACGGUGGACCGAGUGCUAGCGCCGGGAUGGGGUUCAAUUUGCAAACGCAGUUCUGGACGAGUCGUGGAUUCAUGGUUUGCUUCGUCAAUUACGGAGGCAGUACGGGGUACGGCAGGGAGUACCUGGAAAGGCUGACGGGCGAAUGGGGUGUGACAGACGUGACCGACUGCGUAGCUGCAGCCAAGUUCUUGGGUAGUCAGGCGAGCCUAGAUCCGCGACCGUUCGGUUCACUGACGGCGGAGGAACAGAGCAAGGUGAGAAAGCAACUCGAAGCUGAUGAGAGGGAGGGCGUAGUGGUGGAAGAAGAGCUUUGCGGAGGUGGUAUCAAAGUGACACUCAAGAAUACGACGCCAGCAUGGAGCUGGAUGGACCUCAUUGUCGCCGGUGUUUCAGCGGGGGUCGGUGCGAUCAGCGUGAGAUUCGCGAGCAAUGUGAUGCACAACUACUCGCAUUGCAUUCCAGCUCUGAUGCGACCCACAACGGCGUUUGGUCAAAACGCGGUGAAACUCGGACUGGCGACACUUUCGUUGCUCCCUUUCGUCGCAAGCAAGUUGGGUAGAGUGGUGAGCGAGUCGGUCUCGAUUCUGCCUGGGAUUGGUGUUCAAUUGGGCAUCACGCGUGGAUUGACGCUUUCUGCCAACAGAAAGUGGGUCUUGGAACGCACUAGUCAGAGGUUGAUUCCGCAAGAUCGGGUGGUGGACAUUUAUGUUGGUGAAGGAUAUCGGCAUUUCAGUGUGGUUGACUAUCUGGCUGUGGUUACGUCUGUUUCGGGGGGCGCUUCGACGGAGCCGCUAUUCUCGCGCUUGUUACCGCGCCUGUCUACGGUGCAGCGAAUCUAUGCUACCCUACAUGCGCAUCUUGGAGUGAACGCUUCCAAGUCCAGGGCUUUCAGCGGCGCAAUUCGGGCUAAACCACGAUCUUCGCUCGCCGAUGCUUCGGCACUGCUCAUCUCUGGCGGUAGUGCUGGAGGCUAUACGGUGCUCGCAUCGCUCUGUUUCUAUCCUCACAUCUUCACCGGCGGCGUCUCGCGCUAUGGCGUCUCGUCGCUUUCCUUGCUCGCCGCCGAAUCGCACAAGUUCGAAUCGCGCUAUCCAUUCCAACUAAUCGGCGGAACGCCCACCUUGCGUCCAGACCUCUACCACGACCGCUCGCCCAUCUUCUACGCAACCAACAUCAAGGCCCCCAUCCUGCUCCUCCAGGGAAGCGACGAUAAAGUCGUCCCGAAAAGUCAGGCGGACCAAUUCGUCCAACAACUCAAAAACGGCGGCGGAAAAGAGGGCAAAGAUUGGAGAUACAAGGUCUACGAGGGCGAGGGCCACGGAUUCAGAAGGGCCGAAAAUGUCAAAGAUUCCCUCGACGAGGAGUUGCGCUGGUGGCAAAACAGAUGUCUGAGGCCCUAG